CUGAAUUGAUUGGGUAUGGGAUAUUAAGUUGUGAAGUGCUGAUUUGUGGCCCUGUGACCUCGUUAAUUAAAAUUUGGGAAUUGUUUCAGUUACGCAGAAGAGAAUGAGAGGUGUGAAACCAGGUGUUGGAGGCAUCUGCACUUUCUAAGUAUUGCAUCAGAAGAUAAUUCCAUUUGGAACCCUUACUCAUCUAGAGGGCAGAGGCUUAGCUCACUUAAUGGGGGAAGACUUUCUGUAACCACAUGGUGCUUUUUACAAUGGCCAUUAUUAACAGUACUAUUUCUCUCUCCUUUUUUAUGGCUCGUCGCAUUCUUUUCUAAAUUUGAUGUAUCCUCUUUAUCUUUAAUAUCAUAAUCCAUUCUUUUUAAUUUCCAAAUUAUUUUCCCUCUUAAUUUUUAUUGUUCAGAUUAUGAGUUUUACAUGCUGUCUACUCUUUUCACAAGUUGGAAUUAUUCUUUAAUGUCUGGUAAAUAACUUCAUGGUAUUUCGUUACAUAUCCACAAAGGAUGUCGGUAAUCUUUUAACACUCAAAACCUAGUUUAGGCAGUUAAUUUAAUAUUCAACAGUUCUCUUCUUCCCUUAAGUGAUCUUUUACAUUACUGAGUUCUGAGCUGAAGUCUGCAACUAAGUAGAUGUUCCCCUUAAGUUCCCUUUGUCUUUUCUGUACAGAUGUUGAAGAAUGGUCUGGAUUGAUGUGGAACUUUGUUCCAGCAGAGCCCAUCCGUUUAUGGUGCAGAGAUUGCCCAGAGCUCAUCUCCCCAGUAUAACCUUACCUGAGAAAGAAGGCUAGAAGAAGAGAGAGAAAAAGGAGGAAUGGCUCUUCUCCAGGGGCGGUUGACAUUCAGGGAUGUGGCCAUAGAAUUCUCUCAGGAGGAGUGGGAGUGCCUGGACCCCGCUCAGAGGUCCUUGUACAGGGACGUGAUGUUGGAGAACUACAGGAACCUGGUCUCCCUGGGUGAGGAUAACUUCCCUCCUGAAGUCGGAAGCCCUUCAGCUGGAUUUGUAAUCAAGGAAUUAUCACCAAUAGAGGACAUUAAUAAAGGAGAAUUGUGCCACCUGGUAAUACUGGAGAGAAAUGAAAGUCAUGGCAUCCAGGAUUUUGAUCUCAAGGAAGUCUGGGAAAAUAUGCAUGAGUUAGAGACUCAGUGGGAGUAUGAUGCAAGAAAUUACAAAGAAGUGCCUUUGACCCAUGACAAAAAUCUCACUUGUGGAAAAGACUGGCAACUUAAUCAGUCCUCAGUUACUCUUCCUGAAAAGCAGAGUGUUUCUGUAAGAAAUAAUAUGUACCAGUAUUUCAUGCCUGAGGAGCCAUUUAUGAGGAAUUCGUUAAAACUGGGCGGUAACAGAAGUGGUUCUGGAAACCAGUACAUAAACGGCGUGGAAAAUAGAACUGGAUUAAGUUUGCAGGCACAUCUGGCUGAACUCCAGAGAUUUCACAGUGAGGAGGAAAUGUAUGAAUGUAGUAAUCCAAUUGAGAAGUCUGUCAGCAAUGGUUCCUCAGUCUCACUACUUCAAGGAAUUCCUCCCAGUACCAAAAACAUUUGGAAUAAAUCUAGGAAGAUUUUUAAAUAUCCUUUGUUACCUGCACAAGACAGAAGAGCAUACACUAGAGGAAAAUCUUACAAAUGUAAUGACUGUGGGAAGGCUUUUAGCAAAAGCUCAAAUCUCAUGAGUCAUGAGAGAAUUCAUUCUGGACAGAGACCUUACAAAUGUAAUGACUGUGGCAAAGCCUUUAUGGAGCGCUCACAUCUGACUCGACAUAAGAAAAUCCAUACUGGAGAGAAACCUUACAAAUGUAAUAAAUGUAGCAAAGCCUUUGCUGAGCGUUCAGGCCUUACUCAACAUGAGAAAAUCCAUACUGGAGAGAAACCUUACAAAUGUAAUGAGUGUGGCAAAACUUUUAAGCAGUGCUCCCACCUCAUUAGACAUCAGGAUACACAUCCUGGAGAGAAACCAUACAAAUGUGAUAUAUGUGGCAAGGCUUUUAUCCAAAGCUAUAACCUUAUAGAACAUCAGAGGAUCCAUACAGGAGAAAAACCAUAUAAAUGUAGAAAAUGUCAUAAGGCUUUUAGCAGACGUUCAAACCUCUGGGGUCAUGAAAGAACUCAUACUGGAGAGAAACCUUACAAAUGUAAUGAAUGUGGCAAAGCUUUUACCAAAUUUUCAAAUCUUACUACACAUCAGAAAAUACACACUGGAGAGAAACCAUACAAAUGUAAUGUGUGUGACAAGGCUUUUAUCCAAAGUUCAAACCUUACUGACCAUCAGAGAAUUCAUACAGGUGAAAAACCUUAUAAAUGUAAUAAAUGUGAUAAGUCUUUUAUCAAACGUUCACAUCUUUCGGGUCACGAGAGAACUCAUACUGGAGAGAAACCGUUCAAAUGUACUGAGUGUGGAAAAGCCUUUACGGAACGUUCACAUCUUACUCAGCAUAAGAAAAUCCAUACUGGAGAGAAACCUUAUAGAUGUAAUGAGUGUGGCAAAGCUUUUACCCAAUUUGCAAACCUUACUAGGCAUCAGAAAAUACAUAGUGAAAAGAAACCGCAUAAACCUAAUAUGUGUGGCAGUGCUUUUAUUCAAAGCUCAAGCUUUGGGGAUCAUCAAAGAACUCAUAGGAAAAAGAAACCUUGCAAAUAAAAUGAGCAAGGCUUACUCAACGGCAGAGAUUCCAUCAUGGAGAGGAACCAUAUGAAACUAACAUGUGGCAAAGCUUGUAACCAUGGCUCACACCUCCCCUGAUAUCAGAAUAUAAAUCUCUAAAAGAAAGCACACAAAUGGAAUGUAUGGCAAGCCUUAUCCAAAGCUUAUUAUAUCUUGUGAAUGUAAUUUUUACUAGAGGGAAACCUUACAAAUGUAAUGAGUAUGAUCAGGUUUAUAAAAAAUGUACAGAUUGGGGAGAGGGGUAAAAUAGGUGGAUGGGAUUAAGAGGUACAGACUUCGAGUGAUUAAAAAAAACCCAAAAUGUA